CCUGAACGUCGUUCCGGAUGUACGCCGUCGGACGUGUUUCACAGUGGGACAGGAAGCAACUUGAGGUUACAGGAGUCUUUGCCGAAGACUUUUACCUGAUCAUUCUACAGCUGCCUUUUAUAAAACAGAGACACAAUGUUGAGAAAGGUAGCUGCACAGGUCUUCAGACAGACGCUGAGACACAACAGCACAGAUGUCAAUUUAAUCCUGGAGAAAUCGGUGAACAGAGUCCAGCUGCUGGGCCGAGUUGGUCAGGAUCCAGUGAUGAGACAAGUGGACAGUAAAAACCCUGUGACCAUCUUCUCUUUAGCCACAAAUGAGAUGUGGCGCUCAACAGAAGGAGAAACAAACCAGGCAGGUGACGUCAGUCAGAAGACGUCAUGGCACCGCGUGUCUGUCUUCAAACCAGGUCUGAGAGACUUGGCGUACCAGUACGUCAAGAGAGGGUCCAGGAUUUAUAUUGAGGGCAAACUGGACUACGGCGAGUACGUGGACAAGAAUCUAGUGAGACGUCAGGCCACCACCAUCAUCGCAGAUAACAUCAUCUUCCUGUCCGAGAACGUGCGAGAGAAAUCCUGAAGCACUUCCCCACCAGAACUGGAGUUUUGUAUGUGUGUGUUAGUUCUUACUUAAAAAGACUGGGAAGCUGAAGAGGGGGAAAAACCAACGAGGGAAACAAGUCUUUUACACACUGACCGUGACAGUAGUGCCACCUUCUGGUAGAAGAAAAACUGGCACUUAAAGCAGGGGAGAAAAGCUCCACUUCUGUAUAUACAUUUACAUUUUGAUUGUGUCUAACUGUAACAAAGACUUGAGUUUUUUAUGAGAAAAACAGUUCUUAGGAAAAUACAAAGGUAAAUGCUAGGCUAGCCAGUUCCACCAGCUUUACUUUCUUCUUUGAAAAGUGUUGGACGGGGGCGACUUUAUGAUCUGAAAUAUUAUUUUUUUACUUUUCUUCUUGGUUAUUUUUCUCAGUUGCUAUUGGACAGGCCUGGCUUCUCAUUCCACAUAUGUGCCACGUUUAUUUUCUCACAAAUUAGAACAUAAUAUUCCACUGAGAUUUGUUCUGAUUUUGCUCGUCAAAACAAGCCUUAUUGUAUUUUUAUGGCCAGUGUAGUCACUAGUAAAAGUCUCACAAAAAGUGUAUGUUAUGAAAUAUAAUAAUAUUCUAGUUUAAACUACUCAUAACUGACUAAAAUCUCAACCUGUUUAGUUGAAGACAACACUGAUAUACUGGCAGGAAAACUGAAGAAAGACACUCACGAAGAUCUUCUUUAACAAGAAGAACACCUAGCCAAAGAGUAUUUAAUAGUUCUGCCUUUCAUGGUUUGGCGAGCAAAGAAAAUUAUAUGCAGUAAAUAAAUAAUAGUUUUUAGCCCAAUUAAAUGAAAUUAGAUAAUUUUCCACGGCACGCCUAAUGAUCUCUCACGGCACAGUGGUUGGGAGUCACUGACGUAGUUGGUCCUGGAAGAAUUGUUAAAUUACUAAAGUAAAACAGAAGAAGGAAUUUAAACUGACAUACUUAGAAAUUUCAAAAAGGUCAGCAUUAUUUUGUUAUGAAUUAUAAAUAUUCUCUAAUGUCAUUUUUCUCAGCAGUUAAAACCCACAUCAGUUUUUCCAUUUCUGUCCUUUAACAGUGACUCGUUUGUUCUGCUAGUUAACUGCGCUUCUGUUUCUUAUUUUACGGUUUUCCCCAGCUGUAAAAGGUCCGAAUUAACUUCUCUGUUCUCAGUCAUUCUCAAGUAAAAAACCCCAAUAAAGGAAACUUGAUUGUGGUUUGCUCGAUAUGACGAACUGUUACUCGUAGAACGUAUGUAACUUCCUAAAAAAGAGAAGUGUGCAGACAAAAAUAGUACUUGAAUGUUAUUACUGCGUUAUUUGGAGGGCGUUUCUAUCUGAGCCAAGGUAUUCUUGUCUUAAACCGAUUGGUCGCAGUAGGUUUCUUUCUCUUUUCUGAUCUGCUAAUUUUCUGUCAGUCACAGAAGUGACCGGCAUGCUCAAGAAAAACAGACACGUGAUUGGUCAGUCUGGAUGUUUUGGGCGGAGUUUUAAUGUGUGAAGAGAAACCUGAGAAAUCUUUAGUGAAUUUUUAAAUGCGUCAGAGGAAGAAAACCGGAAAUGAGAUGUUUGAACUCAAAAUAAAGGCAGAAGAGAC